AUGUACAAUUGUCGGAGCACACCGGCGACUCCGCGUUGCUCAGUUACCUCUCCUACUCGCUGGGGUGGGUGCCCUGCCUCUAGGACCCCGUCUUACGACCGCGUGCGGCCAAUAUCUGUGACGGCCCAUCAUCCGACUGCCCCUGUAGAGACAGUAUUCACUUUGCUCAGCAGGUCUCCUUAUGCAUCCUCUAGUCGUUCUUUGUCCAACAGAGCUGUACCGCAACAUAUCGCAACCUCUAACCUUCCACAUUCUCCGUCGCGCAAGAAACCUUCAGGCUAUCAACAUCAGGUCUAUCGGCAACGCCUGUCGGUAGAUCAGCACAAAUCUAAGAGCACUACACGUCCAGUGGACAAGCAAUGUGUUCAAAGCGCGCGCACAACUAAAACUAAUGUUAACUUUCCUAAGCAAAGUUCUACUAAAGAAUUACCUUACACUAAUACUAAUGUUCGCCAAGGCUGCAACAGUAGACAGCAGACUGCUACUGCUCAACCUAACAGACUAACGAAGACGCUCUGCAAUUCCCCCUGGCACAUUUCAAGCAAUCUGGCAUCCUUAGCGGAGUUUUCUAGCAGCAUCUUCAGUGACGAAGAGACCCCUGUAUACAGUGGCAGAGUCAGUGGUGAUCCCCGGAAGACUCCUGUUAUGAUGCAGCCGCAGAUCAGCCCUAGCCUAGAUGAGAUUGAAGAACUUGAGGGUAGCGCUCUUCUUAAGCGUUGCCAUCAUUCAAAGGACACGGAUGCCACUGUUCAAAGCAGUCACACAAGCCAGACUGGCAGCAACACCCACACCGAUGAGUCGAUAAUUCCAGCGUUGCCUCCUGGAAGCAUGCAGAGCACAGAGUUGAUGCAGUACAUUCUUGGCGUUCUGAUGACCGAGAAGAGCCCUAGGCCAACUAGGCCUGCUUGGAAUAGCGGAGUGUACACCCUUUACAAGCGCAGCAAAGAUUAG